UCUACCUACCAGCUACUCUUUCCUACAAUAUUUAUAAACACCAAAUAUAGUUCCUUCGCUUUUCGCCCUAACCUAUAAAACUACAAUGGAAUCAAUCCAACAAACUGUCACUGAGUUGGGCGAACACUUUACCCAAAGAAUGGCUGAGUUCCAGCGCAGCCUCCAGAGUUCCGUUCCUGCAACCAGUCCAACAUCCAACAUAAAUGCACAGUUUGCUGCUUUUAGAAGUUUCAUCCUAAGUGCUCUUGAAGCACUUCAAUCUCAAGUUCAACUCCUCUUUAAAAUGCAAGAUGAUAUGGAAAUGAGAAGCAGGAGGAAGAUUUUGCUUAUUCAUGGUGUGCCGGAGAGCAAGGGUGAGAAGUUGGAUGUAACUGUCACAAAGAUUUUGUCGCAGCACCUCACAAUGGUUGGUAUCAAUGAGUCAUGUGUAAAUCGCUGUCACCGUCUUGGUAGUCCCAGGUCUGACAAGCCAAGGGCAAUCCUCAUAAAAUUCAAUGACCAAUCAUUUAGAAAUAAGGUAUGGUUUGGUAAAACUGGCUUUAAAAAUACUGGCAUAACUGUUUCUGAAUUUUUGACAAAGGAACGGCAUAAUGUUUUUAUGGCAGCUCGCAAGCGUCUUGGUAUUACAAAGUGCUGGACCAAAGAUGGACGUAUUGUAGUUGUCGGUUCUGAUGGCACACGAAAUUAUAUAAUCUCCAUGGCUGAGCUCAACAUUCUUGCUACCGAGUCUCAAGCUCCUGCGCAGGGGCUAAAAGCAGCUGCUUCAACUAGUUCUGCAAACCCGGAUCCCAAGCUAGUCAGAGUGAAUAGACUAAGGAAAGUCACUAAGCGAUAG